ACUGCGGCAGGAGACAAGUGGCACAGUGGUGUUUGUGCUUGGGGCUGGAGAUGGGGCCCUGGACGGGUAGAGUGCGAAGGGUCUUGGACCAGGCGAGGAACUUGGGCUCCAUGCUGUAGGCAGAGAGAAGCACUGAAGGGGGUUUUAAUCAGGAAGUGAUACAGGCCUAUUAUCAUCUUAGAUGGACAGAGCUGGGAGUGAUGUCACAGAUGGUCUGGGAGGGAAAGAGGCUUAAGGCAAGAACCAAGUGGGAGAAAACUGGGUAACACUGGAGCCUCGUGGUUGGGGCGGGUGGAGGGAGCAGGUCUGGAGGGUGGGUGCGCUGCACAGGGUGCCCAGGUUUGCACUUUGCUGGGUGAGUGGUGGCGAGGCUGCCGAUAAGCUUAUAGGAGGAGCAGCCAGUUUGACAAGAUGAUGAGGGCAUAUCCACUGGCUUGAAGGGGCCAUGGAGCCACCCGGGUAGAGGCAGGAUUUGAGGGCUGCGCAAAGCUGGGCAGAGCUAGGUGCUGUAGAAUAGGGGGAGAAGCUGGUCCGGGGCAGGGAAAGGACCGCCAUCGGAUGGCACAGAGGACCCAGCAGAGUUGGAGGCCAGGACACAGGGGGGCCUCUGCUCAGUACCGCUCGGUCCCUGCCUCACGUAUUUCAUAUCGAUCCGCACAUUUUCACUGCCAAGCUCGAGGCUCUGAGCUUGAGGCUGGGCACGGGAGGUGGAGAUACAGAGAUAAACCCAAGCCAGUGACUAAUUCAUUUAUUCAUCCCAUAAAGCUUAGGAAAUGGAACUUGGCCAAUACCUUUGCACAGUUAAAUAUUGACACAAUUGGGAUAGGUGCUAUGCAGGAGAAAUGGAACAUGUUAUGAAAGUGUGUCAGAGGACAUGCUUAAUCUAGGGCAGGGUUUCUCACAUCGGCACUCUUGCCAUUCUGCAUCAGGUAAUUCUUUGUCGUGGGGUCUGUCCGGUUUAGUAGCUUCCCUGGUCUCCACCCACGCGAUGCCAGUAAGUAGCCACACACAACCCACCCCCAGUUGUCAUCAACAAAAAUGUCUCUAGACGUUGCCAAAUGUCCCCUGGGAGGCAAAAUCACCCUCAGUUGAGAGCUAUUUGCCUAGGGGCCAGGAGAGACUUUUUUUUUUUUUUUUUUUUAGGAGAGACUUCUUGAGAGAAUGAUGGUAAUCUGAGUUCUAGAAUAAAGCAGGGGUGGGGAGUGGAGGGGAAUAUUCGGGACACAGGUAACUGUGUGCAGAGGUCUUGAGGUGGGAAGGAGUGAGGAGGCUGGGGGAGCUGAUGAGGAAGGCUUCCAUUAGGUGGGCACUGGUGGGGGCAGGGAAGAGCGGAUGGAUUCAGGGAUACUCAGGAGGGAACACAGGCAAGGGAGCCUCCUGGGUGUGGAGGAUGAAAGUGGCUGGAAGCUGGCAAGUUACAUUUUGGGCCUGUUGGGUGAGCGAUACCUGGGGGUCCUCCAGGUGGGGCCCUGCGCUCAAAAGAGAGGUCCGGCUGGAGAUGCACAUUUGGGAGUGACAUGCGUGUAAAUGAUGAGCUUAGCCUUGGGUAGACCAGAUGGCCCAGGGGGAGUGUGUGGAGAGGAGGGCCUAGAAGUGAGCUCCAGGGGUGCCAGCAUUCAGAGACAGAGCGUUGGGAGGUGUCCCAGAGAGGGAGCAGGGAACCCGGGGAGCCCGGUGCUGGAGGAGCCCGAGGAUGCUGAAGGAUGGGGGCUGGCCCACGGUGAAGUCUCUGGAGCCUUCAGUGAAGCAGCUCGGACACCGGCUGGCCACAGGCAUCCGGAGCCAUGUCAGAACUUUGAGCGAGGCCUGGUGACAGGGACCGGCUGUCACCCACCAGUCUUCCCAGCUCGGCUUCAAGAUGCUAAGCCUGAAGCUCCCCAGGCUGUUCAGCAUAGAACAGGUGCCCCAGGUGUUCCACGAGCAGGGCAUCCUCUUCGGCUACCGACAUCCACAGAGUUCCGCCACGGCCUGUCUCCUCAGCCUUUUCCAAAUGACCAAUGAGACCCUCAACAUCUGGACGCACUUGCUGCCCUUCUGGUUCUUCAUGUGGAGGUUUGUGAGCACCCUGCGUGUGACGGACGUCCUGAAUGACAGCUACUCCUGGCCUCUGCUCGUGUACAUGGGCGCCAGCUGUGUGUACCCCCUCGCAUCCAGCUGUGCACACACCUUCAGCUCCAUGUCCAGGAACGCCCGGCACAUCUGCUACUUCCUGGACUACGGCGCCGUCAACCUCUUCAGCCUGGACUCGGCUUUGCAGCUGGAGAGGCUGGUUCGUUUGCCCUUGGGGAAGUACUUUAUCAGGCCGGGCGAAAUGUCUCAAGUUGCAGGAAAUCCAUGGUUUGGGGGAUGGCCCUCGUCAGCCAGAGCCAGCCUUCUUCCUGUGUUUCUUGAGGUCCAGAAGCCCAGGCUCUGUAAGAUGCUUCGUGUCCUGGCCUUCGCUUAUCCCUACACCUGGGACUCCCUUCCCAUCUUCUCCAGGCUAUUCCUCUUCCCUGGGGAGAGUGCACAGAAUGAAGCCACCUUGUACCAUCAGAAGCACAUGGCCGUGACCCUCCUGGCCUCUUUUCUCUACUCCGCGCAUCUGCCGGAGCGCCUGGCUCCUGGACGCUUCGACUACAUCGGUCAUAGUCACCAGCUGUUUCAUGUGUGUGUGAUCCUAGCCACACACAUGCAGAUGGAAGCCAUCCUUCUGGACAAGACUCUAAGGAGGGAAUGGCUCCUGGCCCACUCCAGGCCCCUGUUGUUCUCUCAGAUAGCCGGAGCCAUACUUCUGUGCCUCAUCUUCAGCCUCAGCAACAUAAUUUAUUUCUCAGCUGCUCUGUAUCGGAUUCCUGAGCCAGAAUUACAUAAAAAAGAAACAUAAUUCAGA